AUGUUAGGUAACAAAUUAAGUUUGACUGAUAUAAAAGAUAUAAAAAACAAGAAAGUUUUGGUAAGAGUUGAUUUUAAUGUUCCAAUAGACAAUGGAAUAAUUAAGGAUAAUACAAGAAUUACUGCUACAUUACCAACAAUUAAAUAUUUAAAAAAAGAAGGUGCAUCUAAAAUUAUAUUAAUAUCACAUUGUGGAAGACCUGAUGGUUUAAGAAAUUUAAAGUAUACAUUAAAACCAGUGGCUGAAAAUUUAAAGAGUUUACUAGGUGAAGAGGUAUUAUUUUUGGAUGAAUGUGUAGGAAAAGAAGUAGAAAAACAAAUUAAUGAAGCGAAAGAUAAUUCAAUAAUUUUAUUAGAAAAUUUACGAUUUCAUAUAGAAGAAGAAGGAAAAGGAAUAGAUGAAAAUGGAAAAAAAAUAAAAGCAAAAACAGAAGAUAUAGAAAAAUUUCAAAAUGAUCUUACAAAAUUGGGUGAUAUUUUUAUAAAUGAUGCAUUUGGUACAGCACAUCGUCCACAUAGUAGUAUGGUUGGAAUUAAAUUGAAUGUAAAAGCUUCAGGAUUUUUAAUGAAGAAAGAAUUAGAAUAUUUUAGCAAAGCAUUAGAAAAUCCUCAAAGACCAUUUUUAGCUAUUUUAGGUGGAGCAAAAGUAUCAGAUAAAAUACAAUUAAUUAGAAAUUUAUUAGAUAAAGUUAAUAGAAUGAUAAUUGGUGGUGGCAUGGCAUAUACCUUUAAGCAUGUUUUAAAUAAAAUGAAAAUUGGAAGUUCAUUAUUUGACGAAGAGGGAAGUAAAAUAGUAGAGGAUAUUAUGAAAAAGGCAAAAGAGAAAAAUGUACAAAUUUAUUUACCUGUAGAUUUUAAAAUAGCAGAUAAGUUCUCAAAUGAUGCUAAUACAAAAAUAGUAACAGAAGAAGAAGGAAUAGAAGAUAAUUGGAUGGGAAUGGAUGCAGGAAAUAAAACUAUUCAAAAUUAUAGGGAUGUUAUUUUGACUUCUAAAACUAUUAUAUGGAAUGGACCACAAGGAGUUUUUGAAAUGCCAAAUUUUGCAAAAGGUAGUAUUGAAUGCCUAAAUCUUGUUGUUGAAGCUACCAAGAAUGGAAGUAUUUCUAUCGUUGGAGGGGGUGAUACAGCUUCAUUAGUGGAACAACAAAAAAAAAAAAAUGAAAUUAGCCAUGUAUCUACAGGAGGAGGAGCAUCACUUGAACUUUUAGAAGGAAAACAAUUACCAGGUGUACAAGCAUUAUCCAACAAAUAA